AUGAUAAUUUCUAACCCGAAGUCAAACUUUUUUGACGAUAAUUUCCAAAAGUUAUCACAUAUAGGGAGGGGUGGGUUCGGAGAGGUAUAUCACGUGAGGCAUAUGAUUGAAGGGGAAGAGUACGCGGUUAAAAUUGUAAAGUUCCUUGACAUUUAUGGCGAUAACAAAAGACAGGAAAUAUUAAAAGAAGUGCAAAAUUUAGUUAAAUUGCGCUCAGAUUUUGUGGUCAAUUACCGCAACUCAUGGCGUGAAGACAAUCAUCUGUACAUUCAAAUGGAUUAUUAUCCACAAAAUCUACAGACGAUUAUCGAUAAUAAGCACAUUGUGUUUGGGAGACAAACGGGAGAACCGAUGAAAAUAUUUGAAUAUUUUAUUUCGUGUGAAAUAAUUAGAGAACUCUUAGAGAGUGUAAAAUAUCUACACGAUUUGUGUCCACCGGUUAUCCAUCGGGACCUCAAACCGUCAAAUGUUAUGAUUUCACAAAAUAGUAAUAACAAUCGGUUUAUACGGUUGUGUGACUUAGGGUUGGCCACCAGUCAUGACAUGACAUCCAUGAGCCACACCUCUAAUGUCGGAACCGCACAAUAUAUGGCACCCGAAAUAUUUCAACCCCGAUAUACAAUCAAAGUAGACAUCUAUAGUCUAGCAGUCGAAAAUAUGGGCCGAAAUGAGGGAACGGAAGGGAAAGUGAGUGUCGGAGAGGAGGGAAACACACCGAAGGAGAGACACAAACGGGAAGAGAGAAACCAAAGCCAUAAAUCACGUGAUAUUCAAAGCGAUAGAACGAAUCAAUUGUCGACACGAGUGAUGAGUGGUUCGGCCGCCGGUGGAGACAAACCCACAGUUUUUAAAGGAAAUGCCAGUAAAUUGAGGGCGAAAUUUGAAAGUAUGGCCCAAAACGAGGAAAUGGUUGUUAAACGCAGAGCCGAUGAGGAGAGGGACAGACGUCUGGAGCGCGAGAAACACGAGAUGACGGCCGAGAAAGAGAGACAACAAGUGGUGACUAAAUCGGCGGCUAAUCCCGAGUCCGACGCACAGAAACAAAAACCGGAUUUCGGGAAAACCGCGAAACCAAGUAAUAAUAGCGGUUCGCCGACAAAACUGACGGCUACGGCUCUGUAUGACUACAAAGCGGUCGAUUUGGAUGGCAUUAAUUUAGAUAUGAAUGAAUUGAUCACUGAUAUAGAAAUGAUGGACGAGGGCUGGUGUCGGGGCCGGUGUGGCAACAAAGUAGGACUCUUUCCCACCAUUGUGGUGAUUAUCACUCACUUGUGGUCACCGGAGAUGACAGUGUCUACGGAUGGGGUCGUAAUAGUGACGGACAGUUGGGAUGUGGAGAACAGCACUCGACUAAAAUAA